CAUAAAUUUAAUGAAAUUUUUAAUAUGUUUUCAUUGUUUUUAAGAUUUAGGUUCUAACUACAGAAUAAAUCAACAACUUAAAAGACAAUUGUAUUUAGAUGAUGUGAACGAGUAUAAAAAUUAUGCACUCAAAAGCCGAAUUUAUAUUAUUUCCUGUUUUAUAUUAACCUUGGGUCUAAUCGACUGCGUAUAAACAGACCCAAAAGAUAUCAGCUGCUUUGGUUGUGACAGUGAUAAAAAGAUGAAGUUUGAAUUAAAAUUUGAGAUGCUUUUAAAGUUAUUUUUAAUGAAAAUCGUUAGUAUUUAGUUAUUUAAAAUAUAUUACACUUUUAAAGCUACUUUAUUUUUUGUAAUGUUAUUCAUGAGUUUAUUUUUAAUUACUAAUACUUUGUCUGUUAUGGAUAUAUGUAAAUUAUUUAGAAACACUUCAUUCUCAUUUAAAUUCAAAAGCUAGGUAUAGUACUUCAACCUUUUUUGCAAUUUGAUUUUUUUCAGAUACCAAAUGAUUAAGUUUAAAUUUAAACCAUUGAGUAUUGGUCACAGCAAACGAUUCAAGUCAUUUUUGUCUUCAAAUGAAAUACGUAAACGAUUUAUUGAUUAUUUUGUAAAGGAAAAUAACCAUAAGUACAUUAAGUCUAGUUCAGUAGUGCCAUACAAUGAUCCUACAAUAGCAUUUGUAAAUGCUGGAAUGUGUCAGGUAAAUAUAUUAAUAAUGCAAGAAAUUUGUUAUGUAUAAUUUUUUUUUCAAUAUAGUUUAAGAGUGUCUUACUUGGACAAAGAACUCUAGGAACCAAUUGUGUUGCUAAUAGUCAAAAGUGUAUACGAGUUGGUGGUAAACAUAAUGAUUUGAGUAUUGUGGGAUCCAAUGGAUAUCAUCAUACAUUUUUUGAAAUGCUUGGAAACUGGUCUUUUGGACAUUAUGGCAAAGUUGAAUUUAUUUUCAUUUUAGUUGGCAAAUUUAUAAGUUUUCUCCUUUAUAGGCUGAAGCAUGUCGUCUAGCUUGGAAUUUAUUGACUUUACCACCUUUCAAUAUACCAGCAAAGCAACUUUAUUGUACUGUAUUUAAUGGUGAUGCUAAAUUAGAUUUAAAAACUGACAAUGAAACUCUCCAAAUAUGGAAAAAUAUUGGGUUAGUGUGUUAUUAAGUUACAUAUAAUAUUUUGUUUAUAUUGUUCAUAAUACACAACUUAUUAUUUCAUUGCAGAGUAAGUGAUGAUCACAUUAUUAUGAAUGGAGCCCAAGAUAAUUUUUGGGAAAUGGGAGAAACUGGGCCUUGUGGUCCUAGUACAGAAAUACACAUAGAUUAUCCACCUUCAGGCGGACAAAAUCUUAUUGAACUUUGGAACAUUGUUUUUAUACAAUAUUCCCGGUAUUAUCUUAUUUAUCGAAUAUAAAUAUUUAAGUUAAUAAUAAAUAAAAAUUAUUUUAUAUAGAGAAAGAAAUGGGUUUAUUCGUAAGCUACCAAAUUAUUUCAUAGACACUGGAAUGGGUUUAGAACGGCUAACAAUGGUGUUGCAAGAGAAAAAAUCUACAUAUGAUACAGAUUUAUUUGUACCUAUAUUCAAAAUUAUAUCUGAUGUAAGAAAGUAUUAUGAUUUACUUUUUAUAGUGUAUAUAAAAACAAAUCACAGAAACUUGGUUUAAAUAAUAUUUACUUUCAGACAUGUGGUUUAUCAAAAUACACAGGGUCAUUUGAUGAAUCUAGUUUGGACACUCAUUAUCGUGUUUUAGCGGAUCAUGGACGAAUGAUUACAGUUGCUUUAUCAGAUAAUAUGCUUCCCAGCCAUAAGUUGUUUUUUUCUUAGAGUUUUAAUUUGGGCAUAAUGAAUUAAAGAUUUUUAUAAUGUUUCAGUCAUAAAUUAAGAAGAAUUAUGCGAAAAACUUUUUUGCUGGCUGAAACAAACUUCAAAAUUCAACCAGGGUAUACUCUGAUGUGUGAUAUUGUUUAUGAAGUUUCAAAGAGUCUUGGUUAUGCAUAUCCUGAGUUGGUUAAAAACAUUGAAAAGGUUAACAUUAAUAGUACUACUUGGUUCUUAAAGUUUUUGCUUUAAUUUAUCAUAUUAUCAUUUAGGUAAAGCACUUGGUGAAACAUGAAUAUUGUAUAUUUGAUAAAUUAAGAUCAUUAGUUUCCAAAGAUUGGACAAUUGCCAUUGAACAAUGUCCAAUAUUGAGUCAUUUUAAUCCAUAUGAGGAAUGUGCUGGGUUUGUUCCAGCUUGUAAUUACUUGAUUAAACACAAAGAUAUGGUUCAUACACCAGCUUUUACAUUGUAUGACGCAUUUGGUCUUGAAAAAAAAACAAUCACAAGGCUAGCUGAAGUUAUGAGUAAAAUAUUAUUGCUAAAUUCACUUUAAUAUUGUUUUUAUUAUUUAUUACAUAUUUUAUAGAAAAACCAAUCAAUUGGAAUGAAUUUGAUGUAAACUUAAAAAAAAUACAAACAAAAACCAUAAUAAAUAUUCAAAAACCAUCAGAUAAUUAUAUAAUGGAAAAUAUCCCUAAAACUGAUGACAGUUUAAAGUAUGAAAUGAUUCGUCAUAACGAUAAAACAUAUGAAUCACCAGCAAUCACUGCUAAGGUUUUAGGAAUUGUAGAUAUAAAUGGUAAUAUUGUGGUAGAGCCUGAUAUCAAAAAGCACGGAAUAACGGUCUCAGUAGUAUUGGAUAAAACUAGCUUUUAUUGUAAAGCUGGUGGGCAAAACAAUGAUAUUGGUACUAUUAAAACCAAAAAUGAAAAAAUAUUUGAUGUUCAUAAUGUAGAAAAAAUUCAAGAAAAUGGUGUUGUGUUGCAUUUUAUAAAAUCAAAUGAUUGGCCUAUUUUAUUACGGUAUUUUUUUUAAAUUUAUUAUUAUAAUAAAAAAAAAAACUUACAUAUUAUAUAAAUCAAUUUGUAGUGAAAAGGAAGUAGCUGUACAGAUUGAUUCAAAUCAUAGACUUGGUUUAAUGCGUGCUCAUUCAUCAGUUCACAUAUUAAAUUCAGUAUUAAACUCAUAUUUGGUUGUUACUACUCAAUCUUCAAGUUGUGUUAAAAAAGAUUUCAUAUCAUUUUCAUUUGCACUCUUUGGUCAAAAGUUUUCAUCAGAUGGUAAACAAUUUGAUUUUAUUAUAGUUUCUAGUCAAUUAUAAUUAACUUUAAUUAUUUUGUAGAUGCUUUAGUGGUAGAAGACCAAAUCAACAGUGUAAUAGAUUCUGCUAUAUCUGUUAAAAGAACUACAAUGACAUCUAAUGAUUUAAACGAAAUCAAAGUUACUUUACUUCCAGGAGAAGUAUAUCCCGAUGAUCAAGUGCAUGUUAUAGAUAUGCACAAUGAUACUAGUGAUUCAUAUAUAUCAAGAGAGGCUUGUUGUGGUACACAUGUGCACAAUACAUUGGACAUAAUCGAUUUUUGUGUAAUUCAAUAUAAAUGUCUCAGCAAUGAAUGCACCCUGAUGGCAAUAACUGGGCCUUUGUGUAGAGAUGUAAAAAUUUAUGGUAAAACUGUAUUGGAAAAAUCAAAUUUUGCCAUAAACCUAAUAAAUUCAACUACUUUAAAUAACAUUACUGCGGAAAAGGUAUGCUGUUUAUUAAUACUAACUAGUAUUUGACUAUUAAAAGAAAACAUCAACUUUAGAUGCAAUUAUUAAUGGAAUGUAUAAGUCAAUUGAAAUUUAAACUAAAAAAUAUUUCUCACAAUUACAUACCUUUGAAAGAUCAAAUUCAAAUAAGUAAAAAUAUAUUUACAACAGAAAGAAAACUUCAAAAAUUAAUAAAAGAAAAAAAUAAGUAAAUAACAAUAAUAAUUCAAUAGUAAUUAAUAAAUAAAAACAUUAAUUAAUACGUAACUCAAUUUAACAUAAUUAUUAAAGUGUUAACUAUUAACUAUUAUUAUAUUUAGAGAAAUUUUAGAAGAUGCUGUUCAACAAUUAUGUGAAAAUAAUUAUGCCAUUGGUUAUGUAAACUGUGAUACAGGAUACUUCAAUGAUAAUUGUUUUGAUUUUGAUCAUAUUUAUGGAAAAAUACCUUGUUUAUUUUUAACUUAUAAUAAAGAGAAAAUCCAUGUAUACAUUCGAAUUCCAAAGGUAGAUUACAUCAAUUAUACUAUACAAUUUUAUUUUCAAAAAUAGAACUUAAUUCAAGUGUUAAUUUUAUUUUUGAAAUAAAAUUAAAAAUUAUCCAUUAGUGAACUGAACCAAAAGUACAAUAGCUUGAGUUUGACAAUUAAAUUAAGAAAAUAUAUACUAAAAAUUACAAAUAGUACACUUUUUUUUUUUUUAUUUCAAAGAACAUAAUUUCAUAUUUGUUUUAAUAUAAGUUUGGACAUUAGGUUUAAUAGAAUUAUAAAUAAAAAAUAAAAAUUUGAAUCGGGUUCAGUUCAAAACAAAGUGUUAUUUUACAAAUUAUUUAUUUAUAUUGAAUUGUAUUACAGGAUCUUCCAGAAGAUGAAAAAUGGUUAGAAAAUUUUUGGAGUAAAUUUGAAAUUAAACCAAUUAAAUUUAAAAACAAAGACCAAUUUAAAACUACAAAGUUCAAAAUAAAACGAUCUGAUAAAAAGAUUGCAUUAAAACUUAUAGAUGAUGUGAUUCAAAAUGCCAAAAAAAACUAUUUUAAUAAAAAUAAAAGAUAAAAUUUGAAAAUGUUGUUGAAUUGAAUGUUGUUGUUUGAAUAAUAAAUACCCUCUGGUUUUUCAUUUUCAGCUUUAAAAUUGU